AUGUUUAUUCGCUCUAUCCCUCGUAUCCCCUCUCUGUUCCGUGGACUCGCUACACAUGCCUCUGCGACUCCGUUGCCGGCUGUUCUUCACCUUAAGUCCGGUGAGUCAUUCACUGGGAGGGCUUUCGGAUCACCUCGCAGUAUUUGGGGAGAGACGGUAUUCUCUACGUCCAUCACGUCAUACACCGAGUCAAUGACAGACCCAUCAUAUCGUGGUCAAAUUCUAGUUUUCACAACGCCCCUUAUCGGCAAUUAUGGUGUCCCAUUGAACAAUGCACCCACUGACCAUCGUGAUGUCGGCGUGCUCCUCGAGUCCAAGAAAAUCCAAUGCUCUGCAGUAGUCGUCGCUGAUCUUGCUGAAAAGUACUCCCAUGCGUCAGCUGUUGAGUCAUUGUCAUCGUGGUGCGAUCGACAUGACGUUCCUGGUAUUACUGGUGUCGACACGCGAGCAAUAACAACGAUACUUCGGAACCAAGGAACUACUCUUGGCCGCCUGGCCGUUGGUAAAGAUGCAUCCGACCCAGCUCCAGCAAAGAAUGAGUACUGGGAUCCGUCCCAAGAAAAUUUAGUUGCUCAAGUAUCGACCAAGAAGCCAUACGUUCUUAAUCCGACAGGUGACGUAAAAAUCGCUGUGCUCGACUUUGGUGCAAAGGCGAAUAUCUUGCGUUCCCUUGUCCGGCGGAACGCCGCCAUCACUGUAUUCCCAUGGAACUUCGAUUUCAACACAGUUCGUGACGAAUACGAUGGUCUGUUCCUGACAAAUGGACCUGGUGAUCCACAGAAGUGCAUGGAGGCUGCUCUUAAUCUACGCCGCACUCUGGUAGAAUGGGAUCGACCAGUGUUCGGGAUUUGCAUGGGUCACCAGAUUAUCGGGAUUGCUGCUGGCCUUGAUGCAUACCGAAUGACAUUCGGUAACCGUGGACACAAUCAGCCUGUCCUUGCUCUCGCUUCGUCUGGAUCAGUUAAAGCCGGUCGAGUCUAUGUAACAAGCCAAAAUCAUCAAUAUGCGCUCACGCUGUCUGAUCCUUUCCCGGCUGGAUGGGAACCCUUCUUCAUCAAUUGUAAUGACUCAUCCGUCGAAGGCAUAAAAUCUACUGCCGAGUCAGGUAAAAAGGUGUGGGGUGUUCAGUUCCAUCCUGAAGCUGCUGGUGGACCGCUCGACACGAUCGAGGUGAGUUCUGGUCAUCUAUCGAGUAAAAAAAUGUUAAUGUUGUCUAAUUCAUCAGAUGUUCACCGACUUCGUUGGCGAGUGCCGUGCAGAUAUGCUGCGCAGAGCAGCCUUGGAGGAGGAGAUGGCGGAAUACGAAGUUGCUGA